AUGUUAUCGUGGCCGUCCACUACGCCACUGGUCCCGGGACAGGCGCAUCUAGCCGUGCCAGACUGUGUGGCAGCUCCCCCUGCCAUGAAAAGAUUUUACUCCCUCUCUGUGAAGAUCAGUGGUGUGUUUGUGGAUACAGAUGAAAUACCGUCAGUGUCAGUGAUGGAGGGAGAUUCUGUCACUCUAUACACUGAUGUUACUGAACUACAGGAAGAUGAUGAGAUAGAAUGGAGGUUUAAUGGAAUUCUCAUUGCUACAGUCAGUCGUGACCCCAAUGGUAUCUCAGUAUGGGUUAAUACUGAUGGGGCAUUAAAAGACAGACUGCAGCUGGAAAAUCAGACUGGAGAUCUUAAGAUAAGAAACAUCAGAAACACAGACUCUGGACAGUGGAAAAUAAAUAUCCUCAGCACCAGAGGAUCCACAUCAAAGACAUUCUACAUCAGUGUUGUGCCUGUAGGUGAAGUGAAGUCAGUGUCAGUGCUGGAGGGAGAUUCUGUCACUCUCAACAGUAAUAUUAAUGAAAUACAGAGAUAUGAUGUGAUACGAUGGAGGUUUGAACAUCAAAACCAUCCUGUAGCUGAAAUCAAUAGAAAGGCUGGAAUCUUCAACACAUAUGAUGGUGCUGAUAGGAGAUUCAGAGACAGACUACAGCUGGACUGUUUUACUGGAUCUCUGACCAUCAGGAACAUUGGAACCAGACACUCUGGACUUUAUGAAGUUGACAUCAGCAGUACCGACAUCAAACACACCAUACACAAGUCAUUCAAUGUGACUGUCAGCGAUGCAGUGAAGUCACUGUCAGUGAAAGAGAGAGAAUAUGUUACUCUACAGGCUGUAACUGAAAUACAGAGCAAUGAUCAUAUACUGUGGCUGUUUGGAGACACUGUCCUAGCUGAAAUCCAUAAAGCAGACCAGCGAUUCUCCACAUCUGAUGGUCCUGAUGAGAGAUUCAGAGGCAGACUGAAGCUGAACAAUCAGACUGGAUCUCUGAUCAUCACAAACACCAGAACCACAGACUCUGGACUUUAUGAACUGAAGAUCAGCAGCAGCAGAUACACCAUAAACAGGAGAUUCAUUGUUACUGUCACUGGUCUGUCUCCAGCUGCUGUAGCAGGGAUUGUUGUUGGUGUUAUUCUGGUGGCUGCAGCUGUAGCUGCUCUUGUGAUUAACCAUCGCCGCAAGAUCUCUGAACUAGAAGGACAAAGUAGUAAGUAUCACACAUAGUUUAUAUAAUAUGAAAAAAAAAACGUAUUAAGAUAAUAACAGAUAAAGGGCAGAUACAGAUCUACUG